AUGGUGAAAUUGGUAGACACGCUGCUCUUAGGAAGCAGUGCUAGAGCAUCUCGGUUCGAGUCCGAGGACCCUUUGGGGCCACUUUCACUCGCCAUUGCCAAUCUCUUGCAUAUUAUCAGUAAUGGAUUGGAACGUUCACUGAGAAAAGUGUUUGAGGAAAUGAAAAGAGAUUUGAGUGAUUAA